AGUCCCCCACUCCAUGAAAUUAUUUAAAUGUAUAGAAUCCAGCAACCCUUUUAAAACAUUGGGAUGGUGCUAAAAGAGAGAGAUUCUAUAGCAGGAGAUGGGAAACCUGAGGCCCUCUGGUUGUUGGCUCCAGCUCCCAUCAGCCCCAGCCCACACAGCCAAUGAUCAGGGACAAUGGGAUAUGUAGUCCCAACAACAAUUGGAGUGACAUAGUGGAUUUGCAGGAUUAUAGGUCAUAAAUCCUGUUUUUCCUGAAAUCCAGGGGUGUGGGUGGGGAAGUGCUGUGGAAAAUUCCUAUGAAUGGCUGAAACGGAUGAUAAUGCCAAACUUAUUAAAACUGGCCCUCCCAUGUGGAGAUAGCUGGCUGAUGGAGACGGUUGGGUAUGUGUUGGUUUCUGACAGGUCACUGUACUCCUCUUUCCCCUCCAAGAGCAACGGAGUUGAAGAAAUGACCUUUCUUUCCUCUCUGCUGAAUACUUUCUGGCAUAGAUUUGCCAGCCCCACCCUCCUGUGGCAUGUCAGAAUUUCUGUUGGAUUUCAGUGCUGGAAAGCAAACUUUGAGGGGGGAAAGAAUGACUUGAAGCAAAAUGAAACAAGCUGCACUUCCAUUGUCCUUCAGGCAGCAUCAAUGGGCCUUUCUAAGGAGGACUAGUUCAUGGCCAUGCACGUUUCAAAUUGUCAGUAUAAAUCCUUGGUUAUUAAGAGCAUGUUCUUUCUUUCCUUAAAAGCUCGCAGCUGGUUGGGGGAAGGGGUAGAAUCAUAAAGUCUUAACCUGGCGAGCCAAAAACCAAAUAAGGAACAGCCCGAUGCUCCAAGUGGAAAUAAAUGGGACUUGCCUUGGCAGAGCAUUUGGAGAAUCUGGAGCCUGAGCCUUCAAAGUUUUUUUCUUUUCUUUUUCUUUUGCAUUAUGAUGGAAACUAUCUGUUAGGAACUGGGAAUUGAACUGGAAGCCCUUCCCUGGGCUGGAAUUGGAGAAAGGCCAGCUGUCUCAGCAGCAACUUCUUGGACUGUAAAGAGAGGAGAAAGAAACUACACAGCAGUAAACAACUUCAGGUUCACCCAAAGCGUUUUAUCUGCAGAAAGGGGUAAGGAGUCUUCCUGACAUGGCCCAGAUGCUGCAGCUGCACUUUGGAACAUGCCUGUGGGCGGCUCUGAUGCUCUGUGUGUUUGCAGGAUCCCGGAGACAGACAGAUGAACAAAUUGACCUCCAGGAUGCUGCAGAUACAAAUGGGGUUGAGAAUGCUGGCAUCAUACUAGAGUUACUUUGGAGAGGAAUUGAAAUUAUGGCCAAUGAGACAAUCAGGAUUGAGGAUGAGGAGUUUGCCUCUCUGCGUCCCACCAAGCGAUUACUCCGGAUUUUUCGGCAUGAGAUUCCAAAAAAGCCAGAUGGGAUUGAAGAGUACCUGGACUUCCUCUCACAGUCUGACACCCCUAUAACUCCACAGGAAUUCAAGAAGCUCAUCUUUACCACUGUCUACUGUGCUUACCAAAUUCGCUCCAUUCAAGGCCUGGAGAAAAACCUCUGGAUCAACCUUUUCUCUCAGCUGGUUAUUGAAAUACUCCGUGAUCUCUGCAAACGAUUCUGUUCGAAGGAAUCUAUGGAUUCUGUUCAGCUUCUGGCCUCUAGGCCUUGGCCAGAAAUGCCUGUCUAUAUUUCUGCACUGAAGAAAUUCUACCGGUCUAGCCUAGCCAGGACCCAAAGAGACUCUCAUCCAUAAAGGAGAAAUCUUGGUCCCUAUAAGCCAAAUUAAUAUGCAAAUAUAUAUAUUUUAGGUUCAUUCUCCAGGAAUGUGCACAGGAGUGUCACUCUUCCUGUUUUCUUAUCUCUGGUGUAGCUGCUGCUUAGCUUUUCACUGGAUUUCUAUGAUUAGCAUGUUGCUCAAGGCCUCUGCCCUGCGCUCUCUAUAGGACAUGCAGUUCAGAUGGCACUUUGCUGUUGAUUGGAAUUGGGUUACUGAGGAACAUGGAGUUACAUGUCCCUGCUCUUGGCAUUUUUAUGUGUUACGCUGCAAUUUUGUGUGUAGCGAAAAUUACAAGAAACCAGAUCCAUGUUAAACACUAGGGAGAUCUUAUGAAUUGUAAGAACUGUUUACCAACAGAACAUGUAUCUUCUUAGAAGGGAGCUUUUACGAAAUUAUGGACAAGCAUCAGUUCAGGAGGUUUUAUGUCAGAAAGAAAGUGAGGAGACUGAAUGCCCAAUGGGGCAGUCCUUCCAGCUUAGUGUUUCUUCUUGUAUAACAUAAUAUUCUUCAGGUACAGUGUACAAUUUGCCCUAAAAGCCACUAUGUCAGAAAAGGGUUAGUUUAGUUCUACCAGGUUUGGCAUCCAGACAGUGGUUGAGCAAGCCGAUUGGGCACCUGGGGUGGCGCGUGUGCCCUGUGCCCAGGGGCGGGGCCAGCCGCUCAUGGGGGCACCGCGAGGCCUCCAAGGAGUCUGCCUGUCUCCUCCCACUAAGCCGCCCUACAGCUGAGGGGGAGGCAAUGGGCGGACUGUUGGGGGCAGCGCUGGGCCUGCGGGCGCUUAAGCCACCGUGUCAUUCCCAGAAGAGAAGCGUGGCUCAGGUGCACUGCGGGCCCUGCGCUGAGUGUCGCCCACCAUUUUGUCACCCCCCUCAGUGGGGACACCCAGGGCGGGCCGCACCUACCGCA